AUGUCGGUAGAUAAAUUUGAUCUUCAAAAGGUGCACUCAAAGUUCACUGAAAGUCUCGUCGAAGAGGAUGAUGUCUACGUGGACCAAUAUCUGGAAGCAUUCAAGGAACUGUACAAAUUUUUCCAGCUGAUGGGAACGGUGUUCGGAUUCGUGAGCAGUGACGUCAAGGAGAAGGUGGAAAUUCUGGAGAAGCUUCGCACGAAGGAAAAUGCGGACAGCUUUCUCACCAUCCGCACCAUGAUGGAGUACGAGCAGGAGUCAAAUUUGCUCAAUAAGAAAGACUACGUAUCCGGUAGCCGGACAUUGCUAAGGCUCCACCGUGGUUUGGAUUUUAUACAAGAGUUUUUGAAACGUCUCGGCGAGCUGGAAGGUGAUGGGAAAACGAACGGCGUUUGCCAGGCUGCAUAUAAUGACACACUUGCUCAAUUUCACCCAUGGCUCAUCAGGAAAGGAGCUACCGUAGCCAUGUAUGCACUUCCAACGCGGGACCAACUGCUCGAUAAGGUCUGUGCGGAUGUGGCCAUCGCGAUGAAACUGCUGCCGGAAAUGUUAUCCGUUACGCGCAACGUGUACGAUCGCACGCAAGAGCUUUACACGAAGUACGAUCUGCAUGGAUUACCGUGA